CUAAAAAGAUACCAAAAAAAACUUUACCAGAUAAUCCUACUGAAGAUUAUAAUUUAGCUCAAGACUUUAUGUUUAUCAUUCUGAGAUCAGAAAAACAAUCACAAUUUUCCAACCAAAUUGCAAUUGCUUGCAGAGACUCUCAACCAAUUAAAGAUAAAUUGGUCAAAUACCUUUAUUGUCAAGGAUAUGUGGGAUAUCGUGAUUCAGAUCACACAUGA